CGGUAUGUGUUAUGUUUUGGACAAUUAUAAUCUUUUUUAUACCCAUUACAAGAGGGUGGGAGGUGGGAAGGAAGGGGGGUAAGGAUCACGUUUCACAACGAAAAAAAAGCCGUUUCACGAUUCACGUGUCUUAAAAAAGCAAUUUCACGGAAAACUAGAUUCUCAUAAAAUAAUAUAAUAAUAAUAGGUUUAUUAAGACUAUGUUUAGUGCAUGGUACAGUAUCUACGCUUUAAGUUCUCUCAUUUCUCUACCUGUCAGUUAAAAACUACAUCAUACGAUAACUUACAAGUUUGAGUGACGAGAAUGUACGACGACCUUCGCGCGUGUCCUCAACGUGAGGAACCUUGUCCUGAGCGUAAGGAACCUUGUCCUCAGCGUGAGGAACCUUGUCCUCAGCGCCGGAAAAUCUUGUCCUCAGCGUCAGGAACCUUGUCCUCAGCGUCAGGAACCUUGCCCUCAGCGUCAGGAACCUUGUCCUCAGCACCAGGAACCUUGUCCUCAGCCUCAGGAACCUAGUUGUCCUCAGCGUCAGGAACCUUGUCCUCAGCGUCAGGAACCUUGUCCUCAGCGCGAGGAACCUUGUCCUCAGCGCGAGGAACCUUGUCCUCAGCGUCAGGAACCUUGUCCUCAGCGCGCGGAACCUUGUCCUCAGCGUCAGGAACCUUGUCCUCAGCGUCAGGAACCUUGUCCUCAGCACGAGGAACCUUGUCCUCAGCGUGAGGAACCUUGUCCUCAGCGUCAAGAACCUAGUCCUCAGCGUCAGGAACAUUGUCCUCAGCGUAAGGACCUUGUCCUCAGCGCGAGGAACCUUGUCGUCAGCGCCAGGAACCUUGUCCUCAGCGCGCGCAACCUUGUCAACAGCGUCAGGAACCUUGUCCUCAGCGUCAGGAACCUUGUCCUCAGCACGAGGAUCCUUGUCCUCAGCGUCAGGAACCUUGUCCUCAGCGUCAGGAACCUUGUCCUCAGCGUCAGGAACCUUUUCCUCAGGGUCAGGAACCUUGUCCUGAGCGUAAGGAACCUUGUUCUCAGCGCGAAGAACCUUGUCCUCUGCGCGAGGAACCUUGUCCUAAGCGUCAGGAACCUUGUCCUCAGCGCGCGGUACCUUGUCCUCAGCGUCAGGAACCUUGUCUUCAGCACCAGGAACCUUGUCCUCAGCGUCGGGAACCUUGUCCUCAGCGUCAGGAACCUUGUCCUGAGCGCGAGGAACCUUGUCCUCAGCGUCAGGAACCUUGCCCUCAGCGCGCAGAACCUUGUCCUCAGCGUCAGGAACCUUGUCCUCAGCGUCAGGAACCUUGUCCUCAGCACGAGGAACCUUGUCCUCAGCGCGCGGAACCUUGUCCUCAGCGUCGGGAACCUUGUCCUCAGCGUCAGGAACCUUGUCUUCAGCACGAGGAACCUUGUCCUCAGCGUCAGGAACCUUGUCCUCAGCGUCAGGAACCUUUUCCUCAGGGUCAGGAACCUUGUCCUGAGCGUAAGGAACCUUGUUCUCAGCGCGAAGAACCUUGUCCUCUGCGCGAGGAACCUUGUCCUAAGCGUCAGGAACCUUGUCCUCAGCGCGCGGUACCUUGUCCUCAGCGUCAGGAACCUUGUCUUCAGCACCAGGAACCUUGUCCUCAGCGUCGGGAACCUUGUCCUCAGCGUCAGGAACCUUGUCCUCAGCGUAAGGACCUUGUCCUCAGCGCGAGGAACCUUGUCCUCAGCGCGAGGAACCUUGUCCUCAGCGCGAGGAACCUUGUCCUCAGCGUCAGGAACCUUGUCCUCAGCGUCAGGAGCCUUGUCCUCAGCGUCAGGAACCUUGUCCUCAGCGUCAGGAACCUUGUGCUCAGCGUCAGGAACCUUGUCAUCAGCGUCAGGAACCUUGUCGUCAGCGUCAGGAACCUUGUCCUCAGCGUCAGGAACCUUGUCCUCAGCGUCAGGAACCUUGUCCUCAGCGUCUGGAACCUUGUCCUCAGCGUCAGGAACCUUGUCCUUAGCGUCAGGAACCUUGUCCUCAGCGUCAGGAACCUUGCCCUCAGCGUCAGUAAACUUGUCCUCAGCGUCAGGAACCUUGUCCUAAGCGUCAGGAACCUUGUCCUCAGCGUCCGUAACCUUGUGCUCAGCGUCAAGAACCUUAUCCUCAGCGUCAGUAACCUUGUCCUCUGCGUCAGGAACCUUGUCCUCAGCGUCAGAAACCUUGUACUCAGGUCAGGAACCUUGUCUUCCGCGUCAGGAACCUUGUCCUCAGCGUCAGUAACGUUGUCCUCAGCGUCAGGAACCUUGUCCUAAGCGUCAGGUAUCUUGUCCUCAGCGUCAGUAACUUUGUCCUCAGCGUCAGGAACCUUGUCCUCAGCGUCAGGAACCUUGUCCUCAGCGUCAGGAACCUUGUCCUCAGCGUCAGGAACCUUGUCCUCAGCGUCAGGAACCUUGUCCUCAGCGUCAGGAGCCUUGUCCUCAGCGUCAGGAACCUUGUCCUCAGCGUCAGGAACCUUGUCCUCAGCGCCAGGAACGUUGUCCUCAGUGUCAGAACCUUGUCCUCAGCGUCAGGAACCUCGCGAAAGGCCACCGAAGUUUUUACUGUUGUGCAAUCGAGUGAGAUGAUAUAAAUUUGAUUAUCGCGUAUCAUGGUUAUUAUAAUAAUUACAGUAGAAAUCACUAUAAUAAUCACUAUAAUAAUUACUAAAAUAAUCACUAUAAUAAUCACUAUAAUAAUUACAGUUUACGAAACAGGCAUCCUUAAUUCUCAUUUCACGGAGCAUUUUUAUCAACAAUCACGCCUCACGGCUGUAGAACAAAUCACAUUUCACGACACUAAAAUCAAGCAUUUCACAUAGUCAUGCGAACAAAUAUUGACCAUUCACGGCUCACGAACUGAAUAGCCUUUCUCACCCUCUUUCAAGUCACAAAACGACUUCUGUAGGACUUGAACCGCAAUGGUACAUUACACAGCCUGUAGUCUUUACCACUAGAAAACUUGCUCGUUGUUAGAAGCCUACGAUAAGUUAAUUAUUCACAUUUCAAGUCAGAAAAUGCCUUUUGUAGGACUUCAACCACAGUGGCACGUUACACAAUAUGUUGUUUUUACCACUAGAUCACUUGUUCGUAGAUGAAAGCCGAUUGCAACUUAUUCACCUUAGCCAACCUUAGCCUUUUUUCUCUAGCUUGUGUAAUUAAUAUUCGACACAUUUCAAGUCACAAAAUAAAUAAUGUCUGAAUGAUAAGCUUUCUUUUGUUGUCAUGCACAAAUCUGUUAUUAGAAAACAUGUCACUUUAAUAAAGCGUCGAAACAUUAUCCACGUUGAUCUGUCUUGCCUGGAAAAGAAAACAUUAUAUUUAGUUUGUAUUACACCUUAGGUUGAGUCAAUGGCUUGAAAAGCAAGAGGAUGCCCGAGGUCCCUUCUUGGUAUUUCAUCGAAAUUUUCAAAUUUUGUACAACAUGUUUUGUUUGGAGUGAUUUGGGAAAAAUUUUGAAUGAUUAAAGAAUAACUCAAAAACCGGCAUCACUGCCCCCCUCACCCCUCCCGGCAACUAAAAUUUUAAAAUCGGCUUUGGUAAAACAUGUUUCCGCAAGUUGAAAGUCAUCGUUUUGACCAAAGAAAACAUUUUUGGUCACUUCUAGAAGGUUUGGAGUGAUUUGAGGUAAAGGUGAAUUUUUGAAAAAUAUGUCGUAAUAUAAACCUAAUUGGAGUGCUGUGGUGUUCCCCCUUGGCAUAUACAAAUAGGUGUCGGCAAAAUUUACUUAUAAAAGGGAAAAUUUUUAAAAUUUGUAAUGAAAGGAAAACGUUAUAGUUGAAAGCGAAACUUUUUAAUGAAAUGGAUUUUCAUUAGAUAUAUGAAUAAAUCAUUUUUAUGAAAGAGAAACUUCCUAAGACGGCAAUUUGCAUAAAGUAGUUCCUUCUCCCAUCAUGUGACUCACGUGCACCUCACAUGAGAUAAUGUCAAUAUUUUUACACAAACUAAACUUGAGAGACCUUUCCUGUCUUGACGCAGUCUGUGGUGAACUUUGGCAAAGAACGGUUGGUUCGUAAUGGCUCUGUUCUACUUGUAUCUCUCGUUCGCUUGUCUGUAUGUAGUUCAAGGCUGUAAGCCUCGCAACAUUCGUAAUAGACCGGCGUGCUAUGUUAAUCCUGAGUUGGACAGGAAUUUCAAAGAAGUAAUGUAAGUUUUGUACUUUUACCGAGCUUUUUUCUUGUAUGAAAGUUGCACGGACUUGUUUUAUAAUCAUGGCAAAAUCAUGGCUGUAUGUUUGGAUAUAUUGUGUGACCAGCCGGCGUCUGUGGUCACACUUUUUACUGUCGCGCACUCGCAGUGAUGACACAAAGUCAUGAACAAAAUGAGGCCAACAGCUGGUUGUUCGGAAAUAAAACUGUUAAACCUGAGUGUUAGAAUUGUCUUUCUGGGCUCAAAUCGGUUAAAAUUGGCAAAAUUUCACCCUUAUUCUUUCUCUAUUUGAUUUUAAUUACAUCGGUGAUCGCGAUUUAUAAAAUGCAAUAUCAUGUUUCAAAACCUUGCAUAAUAUUUUCAUUUUUAAUAGAGUUAUUAAUUAAUGCGUCAUUAAAUGACGUACGCGCAGAAAUUUACAGCCAGUGUUAUUGAAAAUAACCAAAGGCCACAAAUGGCAAGGACCCGCAAAGUUUGUUUCAAAGCAAUAAAAUCUCUUCAUGCACUUUAUAUUAAAAAUGAAGUAUAUCACUAACAUCAAGAGUUUCACUCGAGUUGAAUAAAACUGAUCAACUGUUAUUAUUUUUGAAUCAGACAAAAUAUCUUACUGAUAAAGUUCACUUUACUUGGCAUCCAAACACCCCAUAAAUCCCUUUUACAAUAAUGUAAAUAAUGAAAGGUAUAUUUCCAACAGUAAAACGCCUCGCCCUCACGAGUACAUCAACGUCAAAGACCUUCCAGCUUCUUGGGAUUGGAGAAAUAUUGAUGGCAAGAACUACGUGAGUGUAACACGUAAUCAACACAUCCCGCAAUAUUGUGGUUCAUGUUGGGCAAUGGGAACCACCAGUGCCUUAUCUGACAGAAUUAACAUUCAGAGGAAAGGCGUGUGGCCAGUGAAUUAUCUUUCCGCUCAAAAUGUCAUUGAUUGUGGUAGGUUGCUUUUAAUUCCUUUGUAAACACCUACUGCGCCCUGACUGUAUCCAUUUCAGUGAUCAGACAUCUCAUUGCAGUUUUGAACAUCCAAACCAUAUUUUUGACAUACUCUAACGCCAAGGUCUUGACUGCUUGAACUAUAUAUUCCACUUACAGUUGACAUUAAAAUGAACUCAUGCAUGACAUCUGUAGGACAACUAGAGGGAAUAAUGACCUCCUGUAGUUGCUUUCAUUUAUACAGUCGAACCUGAGUUAGGCCACUGGUUAAUUAAGCGGUCACUCGCGGGGAUUUCGCAAGCAACCGCUUAAUACAGGGUGACCGCUCAAUGCAGGUCCGAGUCUCUGUGUCCAAGUACCCAUUUAACAUUUUGCUAAGUCGACAUUCUUCAGUUAUGAGCAAAAAACUAGCCAAAUUUGAUCUCAGUUCACUCUGGUUCCAACGGCCUUUGAGACAACAUAAAAGGAAAAAAGGGCCCUUGCUCUCACCCUGAUGUUGUUUCUUCAGCUUUUCUGGGGCUCUUGCGUCGACAUGACAUUCUUCAGUUAUCAGCAAAAGACUAGCCAAACUUGAUCUCAAAUGCUCAGUUCACUCUGGUUCCAACGGCGUUUGAGGCAACACAAAAGGUCCCUUGCUUUCACCCUGAUGUUGUUUCUCCAGCUUUUCUAGGGCCCUUGCGUCCACGAAACCGCACUUUCCGUCAGCCAAUCAGUGGCCACAAAGGAUUUGCGUGAUUUAUUAAUAAGAGUAUAAUGAUUAAUGAUUACUUUUUCCAGGCAAUGCAGGUUCAUGUGAAGGAGGCAGUAUGAUCCCGGUGUAUGCAUACGCACAUACGGACGGUAUCCCAGAUGAAACGUGUAAUAACUAUCAAGCCAAGGAUCAGGACUGCGAUAAGGAACAUCAAUGCAAGACUUGCUCUCAUUCUGGACAGUGUUAUUCCAUAGCCAACUACACUCAUUUUAAAGUUAGCGAGUACGGUAAGCAACAUUAAUAGCUUUGUAAAUAUACCACUGACGUUUGUGGAAGACGAUGUCGCAUGGAACGAUUCGCUACGAAGAUUUGUAAUGCAAAUCUUACGCGACAUUUGAUUGGUUCGGCCCGCAUGAUCCGCUAGCUUGGAUCCAACUUUGCGGUUUCGAAACUCGGGUUUAAACUUAUGUUGGUAGGUAGCUGCACCCAGGGGCGAAACUUGAGGGGGGGUGUGGGGGGUGUGACACUCCUCAAAGUACAAAUCAUCUGGAUUGGCAGGGCAAAUCAUCUGGAUUGGCAGGGCAAUGAAAGAUUUUAAAUGAAUGUAGAGUUAUUAAGUAGAUUCCAGGGCUUCCAGAGGGAAUUGAAUAGAAUUUAUCGACCUAAAUUUUACAGAUAUUGGUAAAAUAAUAAGGGUUUCAUGUAUGUUUUAACAGGAAUUUGUCCGAAAAAAAAUUUUUGACCCUUAAUUUAAUUGGUUUAUGUCCGGAAAACUUUUUUCGCCCCUUUUCUGAAUGUCCGGAAAAAAAUUUUUCGACCUCCCCCAUUUUGGAGAAAGAGUGGCCAAAAAAAAUGCUGCAGGGCAUCAUCGGCUUUCGCAGGGCAAUUCUAGCAGACACCCCCCCUAAUUAAAAGGAGAUAGUUUCGCCCCUGGCUGCACCUUUUUCAUUAUUCAUUGUUUUAUCGUGAUGUUAAUUGGAAUCGUCAUCAUAGUCUACAUGCACAGCCGUAAAAACACGGCAUAAUCAAAUUAAAAAAAAUAAAGAGAAAGCGAUCGCGACCGCACACGUUUACUUCACGUAUGAAGAUUCAAUUGCGAUAUCUAAAAGACGAUUACGGGAAAUUGUACACUUAUUUUCUUGCUUUUAGGGAAUACUCGUAUUCCUCUUUAGUCGAGCAGAACAAAAAAAGUUUUAGGUAAACCCCCACUAAACGUAUUUCUUCGUAAUCAGCAUUUUUCGGGCUUUCUUCAGUGAAAAUUGAUAUAUAAAGUGAUAAAACUACAUGCAAAAUUUGUUGUGCAAUAUUAGUUGAAUUCGUAUAGUGACCUGAAUCUAAAGAAAUUCUUUUCAUCCUAUGCAAAGUGAUAUCAUGUUAAAUUCUUUUCCCGUUAUUUCAAACCAGGUCGCGUUAACGGUCUAGAUAAGAUGAAAGCAGAAAUUCACCAACGUGGUCCUAUUGCUUGUGGAAUCAUGGCCACACCCAAGUUAGAUGCCUAUCAAGGUGGGAUAUACUCAGAAUACAACGAAGAUAUUGGUAUCAACCAUGUUGUAUCUGUGGCCGGGUGGGGUGUGGAGAAUGGUACUGAAUACUGGAUUGUUCGCAACUCCUGGGGGAGGCCCUGGGGAGAGAAAGGAUGGUUGAGAAUCGUUACAAGUGCGUACAAGCAAGGCGAAGGAGAUAAAUACAAUCUCGGUAUUGAAAGUGGAUGUGCCUUCGCUGUUCCCAUUAUCCCAUCUGGAAUGAAAAAUUAA